CGCUGUGUUCUUUGGGAUCCUCACCGACCCCCCCUCCGAAGCGGCUGCGGGAGGAGAAAGGCAGGGCGGUCCGGACCGGACGCUGGCAAGACCCAUGGACGACCAAGCAAGCAGGAUGAGCGUCUUACCUGACAGUCCCAUCGCUUUGGAUUACCUGGACGACUUCGACCUGCUGAAGUUCGAAGUGAAGCAGGAGCUGCCCAGGCCGGGCAGCAGCUCCUCCGUCACUUCCACCCCAUGCAGUUCCGUGCCCCCCUCGCCCACCUUCGACAAGGUGGCCGACCCCAAAUCCUCUUUGGAAGAGCUGUAUUGGAUGGCGACGCUCCACCAAUCGUUGGCGGCGGCCGCUGGCACCGGUCCGGAGACGCCGAUGGUGCCGGGACUGGAUGAAGCGGUGGAAGCUUUUUUGGGGGUACCCACGGCGGAAGGGGGUCUUCGAAACAGCGUGACCCCCCAGCUGCAGGGCUUCCUGGGGUCAGCGGAGAGCUUUGGCGCAGAGCAACAACAGCUUCCUCAUUUCCAGCUCCCCCGGCUUUCCGACCGCUUCUCCGACGCCCAGCUGGUCUCCAUGUCAGUGCGGGACCUCAACCGGCAACUCCGCGGCUUCGGCAAGGACGAGGUGCAGCGGCUGAAGCAGAAACGGCGCACCCUCAAGAACCGCGGCUACGCCCAGUCCUGCCGCUUCAAGCGGGUCCAGCAGCGCCACAUCCUGGAGGCCGAGAAAUCCCAGCUGGCCCAGCAGCUUGAGUCCCUGAGGGUGGAAGUGGCUCGCUUGGUCCACGAACGAGACAUCUACAAAGCCCGGUGUCAGAAGCUGCUGAGCGAGGCGGCCGGGGGGCAUUGUGGGGAGGGAGCCAAGCCCCCCGUCGCUCAGGCGCCUUCCAUGGUGCAGUUUUUUCUAUGAGCCCGCCCUGGACUUCCAUUUCCAUCAAACUUUGGGAGCUGCACAGGAAAUAAACUUGGCGAGAAGUUGCUUCUCCUCUUUAAUCCACCAGAGGGGGACGCUGAGCCCAGUUCCCUCCCAGGUAGUCCCUUUUCCCCGCCACCAGAUGGCGCGGAAGAGUCUCUCGCCCAUCUAGGCAGCUCUACAGGCAGAAAUAGCUUUGGGGAUUGCAAACAGGGCAGGCUGUUCCUCUCCGAGGGCUCCUGGGAAUUGUAGUUUUGCUAAGGCGCUGCCCGGUGGUCCCUCUUCCACCCGAGGAACUACAGCCCCCAGGGUUCCCUGCAACCCGAUUCCUCAGUCUAGUGAUGUCUACGAUACAAAUAAGGCUGGUCCUCUUGGGCGUGGUGAGAAAUGCACUUGCUGAUCAUUCCUCUUCCAACGGAAGAUAAAUAAAUAAAAGCCGAAAUGGUGCUCUUCCCCGGAGCCAAAACUGGGCCAAAGAGCGG